AUGUUUAGUGGCAGAUGCUUCAAAGCUGACUGCUAUAAUAAGAUUGUUGGAAAAUGUGAAUGCGAAGGAAAUGUACUAUUUUGCUCUGAGCAUGCAUUCGAGCAUUUCCGAAAAACACCCUCUAAAGGUCACAUAUUACGAGAUUCUUACAUUAAGCCUGCCAAUGACAUCAAGCAGCCAAUCAUUCAAAAGUUGACAGAGCUUAAAAAAGAUAUGCAUAAUUUUCUGAAUGCAAUUAAACAUGCUUUAUCAACAUUAAAAUAA